CACACACACACGCACACACACACGCACACACACACACACACACACACACUUUGCAAAGUCUCCACAGGAAACCGUGAGCCAUAAUGCGAAGGCACCUCGGAGCAGACUGCCGCCUUCGCCUCAAACCAAGUGGGAUACGGUCGCGGGGCUUUGAUAGCGCGUUAAUUACUCAUGUGAUGUGAUACAGAUGUCUGGGGGCUUCAGCCGAAAGUUUGCCUGACGCUUUCCGAGGGGGCCAGGCAGACAUUUUUUAGAGAAGCGUGAGAAGUUGGGAGUGGCAUCAAAGCCCGGACUGCGUUCCGACAUGGGCACGGCGGUGGCACAUAUGUUGGUGCUAACAUGCUGUGUGGCAGCCAGAGGAAUGUGCCAAGCGAACAAGGCGGCGGUGGCGGCGGCGGAGGACGACGGCCAACACGGCGGAUUGCUCCUCCACUCCACCCCGCGGCCUCCCGGCCUGCGCAGAGCCUUCGUGGCCAGCACGGACGCCUGGGGGCCGGCCGCGCACAACCAGGGACCCGGCUGGGCGAACGCCACGGUCAAAAGGAAGCCGCUUCCGCCGCCGCCGCCCAUGUGCCGCGGGAGCACUUCCAUUAAGGACUACUUCAAGUACAUCAACACGGCCAUCUCCAUUGUGGUGUUUGUGGUGGGCCUGGUGGGCAACGCCACCCUGCUCAGGAUCAUAUACCAGCAGAAGUGCAUGAGGAACGGGCCCAACGCCCUCAUCGCCAGCCUGGCCCUGGGGGACCUCAUGUACAUCAUCAUCGACAUUCCCAUCAACGUCUACAAGCUUCUGGCGUCACGCUGGCCGUUUGACGACAGCACGGUGGGCUUGUGUCUCUGCAAGCUCUUUCCCUUCCUGCAGAAAGCCUCAGUGGGCAUCACCGUCCUCAACCUGUGUGCCCUCAGCGUGGACAGGUAUCGAGCGGUCGCAUCUUGGAGCAGAGUGCAGGGCGUCGGCAUUCCGCUCCUCACCGUCCUGGAAAUCGUCUCCGUCUGGCUUUUGUCGCUCAUCCUGGCCAUCCCGGAGGCCAUCGGCUUCGACAUGGUCAGCUUCAACUACAGGAACGAGAGCAUCCGCACCUGCAUGCUGUACCCUAAGUCCGACUUCAUGAUGUUCUACAAGGAAGCAAAGGACUGGUGGCUGUUUGGCUUCUACUUCUGCAUGCCGCUGAUCUGCACCGCCGUCUUCUACACCUUGAUGACCUAUGAAAUGCUCAACCACAGGAACGGCAGCCUCCGCAUCGCCCUGACCGAGCACCUCAAACAGAGAAGGGAAGUGGCCAAGGCCGUCUUCUGCCUGGUCCUCAUAUUCGCCCUCUGCUGGUUCCCACUUCACCUCAGCAGGAUCCUGAAGAAGACGGUCUACGCCCAGAACGACGUGACGCGCUGCGAUCUGCUCAACUUCCUGUUGGUGCUGGAUUACUUCAGCAUCAACCUGGCCACCGUCAACUCCUGCAUCAAUCCCAUCAUCCUCUACUUUGUCAGCAAAAAGUUCAAAAACUGCUUCAAGUCGUGCUUGUGUUGCUGGUGCUACUCCGACAGCCAGCUGAGCAGCAUCGGGCCCCUGAACGGCACCAGCAUCCAGUGCAAGAGCCCCGACCCAAACAACGUGGCCACCGACCGCAUCCUCAGGAAGGACAGCGACUGAGCGCGCACCAGAGGACUUUUUGCAACCGCUAUAACCGCCUUAGCUCGCCUUGAUUAUACGCAUUAAUAAUAGGAACAAGACCCAAGUGUUGGAAAGGAAGUGGACAAAAGGACAGCAAGACGAGGAAGAAUCUCGAUAAAAAAAACUGAAUUCUCGCCAUGAUUCCAGUAAACGGCGGAGACUGUGGGAGAAAAAGCAAAACAAGCGGCAGUCAAAGGGAAUGAUGGGAAACAGGAAACUAUAAAAUAGAUGCACUCCUUUAUUUGCGUUCUUUGUGCAGGAUCAUUUUUUCCCCUGAAUGUUCCAAUGCUGUAAAUCCAUUUUCUACCGCUUGUCCCUGUCGGGUUCACAGGAGGAGCCUGUCCCAGUCGGUGCGAAUCAGAGUUUUCACAAACCCGGAGGGUCAAGUCCCAAAAUGUUGAUUUAAUACAGGGGUGUCCAAAGUGCGGCCCGGGGGCCAUUUUUUUAACAGCCCCACGGCAAAUUUUCAAAAUACGAUUGAAAAAUGUUUCAAAUGUAAAAAGUGAUAUAAAGGAGCAAACGGGUGAAAUGUAACAAGAAAAUGUUGCAAUGUUUACUCUAAUAACACAAAGCUGCCAUGCAGGCUGUUUCUUUCUUUAAAAAAAUAAUAAUAAAUCAAAAUCAAUGUCAUUAUGAAUUAUUGACCUAUUCAAGGCUCCAAUUAGGUCACGUUAAAUAUUCCACUUUGAGAUAUUUUUGGGGGGAAAUGUUGCAUAUUUUGUGUUUGCCAUAUAAAAAACUGAGCUGUUUUCUUUUUUUUAAGAAGGGCCUAAAACGAACAAAAAAACAUAAACAAUAAUAAAACUUAUAAUUGACAGAUGAAUCUGAAGUUGAUUUCAAGAUUAUUGUGUUAAAAAUAGACAGUAAAAAAAAUGUAUAUUUUCUAAAACUUUAAUGAACACUUUUGGAAUCCCCAAUAAUUUUAGUGUGAUUUGUUUUUAAGUGUCAUUGCUGAAAAAAUAAUAAUUGAUUAAAAUCAAUGGUGUCAUGAGUUAUUGACCUUAUCAAUGCUCCAAUUAUUAUAUAAUAUAUUCGACUUAAAAAUUAUUGGAUGAAAAUAUUGCAUAUUUUGUGAUUUUUCCAUAAAAAAAAGUUUUUUUGUGACAAAAAGAGCAUACAACUUACAUCUUUAAAGUCAUUAUAUUGACAGAUAGACCUGAUGUUGAUCUAGAGAUAUAAAACGUGAAUAAUAAUAAAAAUAAUGAUACUGAAUAAUGACACAUUUUUAAUAUUUUUUAGACCAAAACCCUUUGGGGUCACCAGGUUCAAGCCUGAGUGGAGGCCCAAAUGUAUAUUUUUUAUACGUAUAUUGUAUUGUUUUUUAUAAGUAAAUGGCCCUUGCUUGCUUUUGAUUUUUCAGUGUGAGGCCCUCGGUGGAAAAAGUUUGGACACCCCUGAUUUAAUAGAAUAGAAUAGAAUGCCUUCUAUGGUCACUAUACACAUGUGCACUGAGAUUAAAAGCCACUCCAGUAUCGACGCGUCAACGAAACGUUCAGCGUUACGUCGAUUAGCAGGUUUUAACUUUUUUCGCCGAAACUAUGUGAAUUUUGCCAUAUUUCGGAAUCUUUUCACCGCAGAAAUUGUACAAACCCCGUUUCCAUUUGAGUUGGGAAAUAGUGUUCGAUGUAAAUAUAAACAGAAUACAAUGAUUUGCAAAUCCUUUUCAAGCCAUAUUCAGUUGAAUAUGCUACAAAGACAACAUAUUUGAUGUUCAAACUCAUAAACUUUUUUUUUUUUGUUGGAAAUAAUCAUUAACUUUAGAAUUUGAAGCCAGCAACACGUGACAAAGAAGUUGGGAAAGGUGGCAAUAAAUACUGAUAACGUUGAGGAAUGCUCAUCAAACACUUAUUUGGAACAUCCCACAGGUGUGCAGGCUAAUUGGGAACAGGUGGGUGCCAUGAUUGGUUAUAAAAUAGAAGCAUUCAGUAGAAGCAUUUAAGUCUCACCUUAAAACUCAUUUGUAUACUCUAGCCUUUAAAUAGACUCCCUUUUUAGACCAGUUGAUCUGCCGUUUCUUUUCUUUUUCUUCUAUGUCCCACUCUCCUUUGUGGAGGGAGUCCGGUCCGAUCCGGUGGCCAUGUACUGCUCGCCUGUGUAUCGGCUGGGGACAUCUCUGCGCUGCUGAUCAGCCUCCGCUUGGGAUGGUUUCCUGCUGGCUCCGCUGUGAACGGGACUCUCGCUGCUGUGUUGGAUCCGCUUUGGACUGGACUCUCGCGACUGUGUUGGAUCCAUUAUGGAUUGAUCUUUCACAGUAUCAUGUUCUCAUAUGUUCUCAUAGUCAUCAGUAUCAUCAGUAUCACGUUCUCAUAGUCAUUAUUGUCACCGAUGUCCCACUGGGUGUGAGUUUUCCUUGCCCGAGGAUGUCGUAGUGGUUUGUGCAGCCCUUUGAGACACUAGUGAUUUAGGGCUAUAUAAGUAAACAUUGAUUGAUUGAUUGAUAAAAGCAGCUUCCCAAAAAAUACUCAGUCUUUCACAAGAAAGGAUGGGGCGAGGUACACCCCUUUGUCCACAACUGCGUGAGCAAAUAGUCAAACAGUUUAAGAACAACGUUUCUCAAAGUGCAAUUGCAAGAAAUUUAGGGAUUUCAACAUCUACGCUCCAUAAUAUCAUCAAAAGGUUCAGAGAAUCUGGAGAAAUCACUCCACGUAAGCGGCAUGGCCGGAAACCAACAUUGAAUGACCGUGACCUUCGAUCCUUCAGACGGCACUGUAUCAAAAACAGACAUCAAUCUCUAAAGGAUAUCACCACAUGGGCUCAGGAACACUUCAGAAAACCACUGUCACUAAAUACAGUUGGUCGCUACAUCUGGAAGUGCAAGUUAAAGCUCUACUAUGCAAAGCGAAAGCCAUUCAUCAACAACAUCCAGAAACGCCUCCGGCUUCUCUGGGCCCGAGAUCAUCUAAGAUGGACUGAUGCAAAGUGGAAAAGUGUUCUGUGGUCUGACGAGUCCACAUUUCAAAUUGUUUUUGGAAAUAUUCGACAUCGUGUCAUCCAUCCGGACCAAAGGGGAAGCGAACCAUCUAGACUGUUAUCGACACAAAGUUGAAAAGGCAGCAUCUGUGAUGGUAUGGGGGUGCAUUAGUGCCCAAGGCAUGGGUAACUUACACAUCUGUGACGGCACCAUUAAUGCUGAAAGGUACAUACAGGUUUUGGAACAACAUAUGCUGCCAUCUAAGCAAUGUUUUAAUGGACGCCCCUGCUUAUUUCAGCAAGACAAUGCCAAGCCACGUGUUACAACAGCGUGGCUUCGUAAAAAAAAGAGUGCGGGUACUUUCCUGGCCCGCCUGCAGUCCAGACCUGUCUCCCAUGGAAAAUGUGUGGCGGAUUAUGAAGCGUAAAAUACGACAGGAGAGACCCCGGACAGUUGAAGGACUGAAGCUCUACAUAAAACAAGAAUGGGAAAGAAUUCCACUUUCAAAGCUUCAACAAUUAGUUUCCUCAGUUCCCAAACGUUUAUUGAGUGUUGUUAAAAGAAAAGGUGAUGUAACAGAGUGGUGAACAUGCCCUUUCCCAACUACUUUGGCACGUGUUGCAGCCAUGAAAUUCUAAGUUAAUUAUUAUUUGCAAAAUAAAAAAAUGAAGUUUAUGAGUUUGAACAUCAAAUAUGUUGUCUUUGUAAUGCCUUCAACUGAAUAUGGGUUGAAAAUGAUUAGCAAAUCAUUGUAUUCCGUUUAUAUUUACAUCUAACAUAAUUUCCCAACUCAUAUGGAAACAGGGUUUGUACAAAAACAACCAGCGGUAGGAACUGCUAAAUGUUAAAAGUCCGUAUUCACAUUAAUACGCCAUGAAAAAAACACAUUUAUUUUUAUUCCGAAUAUUCAUUAUUUUGCUAUCCCAAAUUACUCGUGUUCUUACGCACAGAAAAGUGGAUUGGAGAAUUUGUGCAAAUAUAUUUUAUUAGAUUUUACAGUUAAAAUGACAAACAGUCACAUCCACUCAUACACACACACAUACACACUUGAGGAGAGAGGUGCACAUGAACUUUAACAACUCAAGGUUUACAGUACAGACAUUAUUAGAAAAUAUACCCAUAUAUUGUAUAUAUAUAUACAUACACACACACAUAUAUAUAUCCAUACAUAUAUAUAUAUACAUAUAUAUCCAUCCAUCCCGCUGCGGCUCACGAUCAGCAGGCUAUCGAGAUCACAGCAAAAUAGAUGAACAUACCUCGGUAUCAAGGAUCCUCAGGAAGUGUUCACAAGAUCACCUCCCGAGGGCCUGUCCACCGUACACACUUAGAGGGAAAAAAAAGGAAAAGUUACAGGGCUUGAUCAAUACAAAACAAUAAUCAAAAAAAAAAAAACAGAACAAAAAAGCAAGUAAACCAUGACAAAACCAUAUCAGAAGUGACACAAGAAAAACAAAUGUAGUGUUGAAUCAGUACAAAAGAUAAUAACAAUAAAAAUUAAAAAUAAAAAAGGAAUACAACUACAAAAAAAUGGCAGUUUAGUUUUCCUUUAAAUGUCUAUAAGUUAUGCUUCAAUAUAUGUCAGUAAAGGUUUCCAGGUUAAUUCCCAUUUAUUCAUAUUUGUAGAGUUUAUAAAUCUUAUUUUUUCAAGAGUCAUUACAUUCACAAGUUCAUUUAACCAGUUCCUGAAGUUGGGUGCAGAUAGAGUAUUCCAGUCUCUGAGAAUGAGUCUUUUGGCCAAAACCGUCCCAAGCAGCAACACAGUUCUAAUAUGUUCUGGAAGCUUUUGUGUUUCUGAAGACCACCCAAAUAAGAUCAUAUCCCUAUCAGGGACAAUUUUUCUCUGAUAUACCCCCGAGUAAAAAAAGAAAAUGCUGGACCAAAAUGAUUGAAUAAUUGGACAUCCCCAAAACGAGUGAGACAAUGAUCCUUCAGCAGAUUUACAUUUAUCACAAAGUGGAGAUGUAUCCGGAUAAAAUUUGUGUAAUAAAACUUUAGAAUAGUAAAAACGAUGAAUCACUUUAAACUGUAUGAGCCUAUGUCUGCUGUUAAUUGAGCAUUUGUGAAUUUGAGAGAGUGUCUGUUCCCAUUGCUGAUUGGGUAUUGUUGUUCUUAGUUCCUGUUCCCAUGCUCUUUUAACACUGUCUGCUGAUGUCAUGGACAUAAUGAAGCAGCUGACAAAUUUAGCGAUAAACUUUUUACUUGUGGGUGGUAAAUUUAAUAGUUCUAAAAGAGGAUGUUUUUCAUUUACCAGCUGAGACUUUGAAAUGUUUUCUUUAAUAAAUGUUUUUACCUGCAAAUAGCAAAACCAACUGAAUUGGGACAAAUUGAAUUUGAUUCGCAAUUGCUCAAAUGACACAAGACUGUCCUCGACAUAAAUGUCUUUUAUGCAUUUAAUUCCAUUUGAGUACCAGUCAAAAAAUGUUUUAUCUGUUAUCGAUGGAAUAAAUGCAUGGUUGUGAUAUAUUGGUGAAUACAUAGUUA